CCAGGAAAGACUUUUUUUGUUCCCUUGCUCGUUUGACACUGGGCAUUAGAGCGCUUGCAAUGCCCUUGUUAGCGAGAAGGCUAUCUAAUGCCCCCCAUCUGGAAAGAUGAAUUACAGUUUGUUUUGAAACAAGAUCCCGUAUACCUCAACAUACACCCUUAAUUCUUCAUACCAACAUGUUACGAGCUGGAAGUGCUGUUGCCUGUGUGGCUUGCAGGAAUCUGCUCCCUUCCAGAAUGGGGGUGAGGUUCCGGCUGCCUCUGCAGAAACUACACCCGCUCUCUCGUGCCAUCCACCACCGCUACUCAUCCAAUAGCAACCCCCAGAGGCCCCCUCACUGUUCAGCUGCGCGCCAUUUCACCUCCCUCUCCAGGCUCCCCAUGCGUCCCCCAAAGUCUCGAUCAGGAAGCCACGGCUACCAGCAGCAGCGCUCCUUUUGGGUAGCCCGUCUGGCUGCUAGGCUGCUGAAGCUGCGCUACAUUCUGCUGGGAUCUGCUGUCGGAGGAGGCUACACUGCUAAAAAGACAUAUGAUGAGUGGAAGGAUAUGAUUCCUGAUCUAAGCGAGUACACAUGGGUAGUGCCUGACUUUGUUUGGGAAUUGACUGAAAAUUUUGACUUAGACAAGCUAGCCAGUGUUUUGCCUGAAAUGGAGGAGAUUGCUAAGCUGCUGCCAGAUAUGGAGAAGAUUGGAGAAAACUUCACCUUCCUCAAGAGUCUUCUUUCCAGUGGUGUGGGUAGUGAAGUCAUUGGAGCUUCUGGUCUGCGUCUGUUGUUAGAAACUUCAGGUGAUCCAACCUUGAAGGCACCUGAGAUCCAACCAGCAACAGCAGCUGUCCCUGAGAGUGGUGACAAGCAGUUUAAGAAGCAGGGGCUUCUUGCCGAACUCAUUCUCAUUCAGCAGCAGAUCCAGCAGCACGAAGAGGAGGUUCGGCGGGCGGCGGCUAACGCGCCACCCCCACCGUCCCAACCCCGCCCCACCCAGGCCCCGAACCCCAGCCCCUCGCGCAAGUCAUCAGAUAAAGAAAGAGUUGACCAACUUCAAGAGGAGCUUCUUCGUACCCAGUUGAAGUACCAGCGGAUGCUGGAACGUCUGGAGAAGGAGAAUAAGGAGCUGAGAAAAGUGGUGCUGCAGAAGGAUGACAAAGGAAUUCAUCAGAGGAAAGUCAAGAAAUCUUUGAUUGACAUGUACUCUGAAGUCCUGGACAUCCUCUCAGAUUAUGAUUCCAACUACAAUACCCAAGAUCACCUGCCAAGGGUGGUGGUAGUAGGAGAUCAGAGCGCGGGAAAGACCAGUGUGUUGGAAAUGAUCGCCCAGGCUAGAAUCUUCCCUCGUGGCUCAGGAGAGAUGAUGACCCGUUCACCUGUCAAAGUCACGCUCAGUGAAGGCCCUCAUCACGUAGCCAUGUUCAAAGACAGCACUCGUGAGUUUGACCUGGGGAAAGAGGAGGAUCUUGCAGCACUGAGACGUGAGAUUGAGCUGAGGAUGAGGAAGAGCGUGAAGGAAGGUCAGACAGUCAGCCCUGAGACCAUCUCUCUAAGUGUAAAAGGCCCAGGCAUCCAGAGAAUGGUUCUAGUGGACUUACCAGGAGUAAUCAGUGUAAGUUCUAAUGGUAUGGCUUCGGACACUAAGGAGACGAUCUUCAGCAUCAGUAAAGCGUACAUGCAAAACCCAAAUGCUAUCAUCCUCUGCAUUCAGGAUGGCUCAGUAGAUGCAGAGCGCAGUAUAGUCACUGAUCUGGUCAGUCAGAUGGACCCACAGGGCAAAAGGACCAUUUUUGUUCUGACUAAAGUGGACCUAGCAGAAAAGAACCUAGCUAGUCCAAGCAGAAUCCAGCAAAUAAUUGAGGGCAAGCUGUUCCCAAUGAAGGCUCUGGGCUACUUCGCUGUCGUGACUGGCAAAGGCAGCAGUAGUGAAAGCAUAGAGUCCAUCAAGGAUUAUGAAGAGGAUUUCUUUCAAAACUCUAGAUUGCUAAGGGAAGGCAUGCUGAAGGCCCACCAAGUGACUACAAAGAACCUGAGUCUGGCCGUGUCUGACUGUUUCUGGAAAAUGGUACGAGAAUCAGUGGAACAGCAAGCAGAUGCAUUCAAAGCAUCUCGCUUCAACCUGGAGACAGAGUGGAAGAAUAACUAUCCGCGGUUAAGAGAGCUUGACAGGAAUGAGCUCUUUGAAAAGGCCAAGAACGAGAUCUUGGAUGAGGUAAUCAGCCUGAGCCAAGUUACACCGAAACACUGGGAGUCCAUCUUGCAAAAGAAGCUGUGGGAAAGAGUGUCCACACAUGUUAUUGAGAACAUCUACCUGCCUGCUGCUCAGACCAUGAACUCGGGCACCUUCAACACCACAGUAGAUAUAAAGCUCAAGCAGUGGACAGACAAGCAGCUGCCACACAAAGCGCUGGAGGUUGCCUGGGAGACAUUGCAGGAAGAGUUUGCCCGUUUCAUGGCAGAGUACAAGGGGAAAGAUCAGGAUGACAUAUUUGACAAGCUCAAAGAAGCAGUCAAAGAUGAGAGCAUUAAGCGGCAUAAGUGGAAUGAAAUGGCCAUGGACAGCUUGAGGGUGAUCCAGCACAAUGCUCUCGAGGAUCGCUCCAUCACAGACAAACCUCAGUGGGAUGCUGCUAUCCAGUUCAUGGAGGAGACGCUGCAGUCUCGCCUUAAAGACACCGAGUCAGUAAUAUCAGAUAUGGUAGGGCCAGACUGGAAGCAGAGAUGGAUGAGUUGGACGAAACGCACGCCAGAACAGCACAUCCGCAACGAAACCAAAAAUGAGCUGGAACGUCUACUGAAGCUUCAUGAGGACCACACUGCUUAUCUGGCCAACGAUGAGGUCACCACUGUCCGCAAGAACCUGGAGGCCCGAGGGGUCGAGGUGGACCCUGUGCUGAUCAAGGACACAUGGCACCAACUUUACCGACGUCACUUUCUGCAGAAGGCCUUGUUUCACUGUAACCUUUGCCGACGAGGCUUUUACUAUUAUCAGAGACACUUCGUAGACUCAGAGCUUGAGUGCAAUGAUGUCGUUUUGUUCUGGAGGAUCCAGAGGAUGUUGGGCAUCACAGCAAACACUCUCCGACAACAACUCACCAAUACAGAGGUGCGGCGCUUGGAGAAGAAUGUGAAAGAGGUGCUGGAAGACUUUGGUGAGGACACUGAGAAAAAAGUGCAGCUGAUCACUGGCAGGAGAGUUCAGCUAGCUGAAGACCUCAAAAAAGUACGAGAAAUCCAGGAGAAACUUGAAGCCUUCAUAGAAGCUCUUCACAAGGAAAAAUAGUGCCACAGAAACGUUGGAUGCCAUCAUGUCCUCACCCAAGAAAUGCACUGAUCACAGAAGAUGCAGUUUUGCUCUUUUUGCUGUGUAAAUGAUUGGCCUCCCUGCUUUCCUCCUGUUUUUAACCUCCAUUGCUUUAGCUCGCCGUCAUUCUUCAUGCAGACACUCUCACACACACACACACUUAAGCCCCUGCAGAACUCUGCCUCCCUCUUUAAAUGCUGCCCCUGUGAAAACAAGUCAAGUGCGUAGGAGCCCCUUUAAGUUUGUUGAACAUUUGAUCACUGUUGGAAAGGAGCGCUUGCACGAGUAGAAAGUGGUGCCCGUCACAGCCCCAUGCUUUAUUCUUUUUUUCUUGUUGCACUUAAAAGCCACUGUGUUCACCAGAACUGUUCUCCAUGCAGAACUGAAGAGAGGUGUGUGGGGGAGAGAGGGCAGAGAGAGAGGGAGACAUGCACUUACAGGCUUUAUGUGUCUUCUCCUCCCUCGUUUCCAAUAAAUGAAGAUUUUGUACAGCGUUCAUUUUUUUCGUUCUAGCCUUCCUUAUUAAUUGCAGUGAUGCUUAUGGAGAAGGCACAUGGUUAAGCUCAUCUGUUGUUGAUUUGGCUGCUGGAGGAUCCCAAAUGUCUUUUAUCUUUCACUGCUGCGGCUUUUGUUCUUUUUGGCCAGCUGCGUCUCCAUGGCCAAAGAGCCUCCCGCUCAUUUUUGUGACCUAAUGUACCCACAGCAUUGCAGCUAAAUUGAGACACCUCUAUAAUCUUAUCUAUAGCAUAUCAAAGUUCUUGCUCUAAUGUACUGGAGCUGCUAACAUGAAUAGUGUCAGUGUAGGUAGUUUUUGAUAAAGGUCUCAGUAUUUAGCCCAAUGUGCUAUGAAACACAGCACUUAAAGGUUUGCUUCUUGUUUUACUGUUGAUUCUAAUGUUCACAGAAGCCUGUGGAACGUUCUCAUUUGCUCCAUAACAGGAUAGAAUACAUCUACUUAAUCUGGGUCAAUAGUCAGAUAUAAUUCUUUUUAUUUGCUUCCCUGCCACUUGAUAUUUUUCCUUUUAUUGCAU